AUGGCUGAAAGUACCGAUAUUAGAAAACGUGGAUACCUGAAAAAAGUUAAAAACUCCAGAGAACGAUAUUAUGUUUUACGAUACGAGUCUAAUUCUGGUCCGAGUAGGAUAGAAUGCUAUCACAACGAGAAGAAAUUUAAUCGAAAUGCUUUACCACGUCGUGUUAUCAGAUUAGCUGAUUGCUGGAAAAUUAUCAAAAUGGCAAACAGUAAAUACCCAUAUACUAUGUCAUUUUAUACGCAAGAAUAUUGUUAUAGUUUAUAUACUAAAGCAAGAGAAGAACUAGAAAGCUGGCUGAUAGCGAUUGAUGAAGUGAAACAUUCAGAUAGUCAGAAUUCGAGAGAUAAUCAGGAUUGCUGGCAAGUGACAGUAAUUGACCGAGAUGUUGCCAAAUCCAAACAAUUGGCCGGAGCUUAUAGUCUACAGAUGCUACCAUCAGAGAUGAAAUUAACGCGCUUAGGUUCUUCAGAUACGACCGACCCUUUAGUUUUAAAAUAUUUAUAUAUAAGGCGAUGCGGCCAUGCCGGGCAAUUUUUCUUUGUAGAAAAUGGUCAUUCUGCAUGUACCGGUCCUGGUAAACUCUGGAUGCAGGUCGAUGAUCAAAUAAUAGCCGAAAGAAUACACGCAAAGGCUAUAAGGUAG